AAUCCUUGCGCCAAUCGAUCAGCGAUAACAAUUCUGCAACGAUCCUCAAGAAUAAUUUCGUCGCUAUUAUCAGCUGAUAUAACAGAAUUACGUCGAUUAUCAUCGUCAUCAUUGCCAUCGUUGGGAUUGCCAGAUCUAUGUGAUUUCUUUGUAUUAGCAAUCGUCAAUUCAAAUUUUUCAAGAAAGUCAACACCGUGCCUAUUUGUAAGCAUCCCGAGCAAGUAUUCCCGAAUAAGUAUUGGAUCAGUCCAAUUGAGCAGUCAAGUGGUGAAUUUUUUAUUUUACAUUCAUUCACAAUUGCAUCAACGACAACAUUUCUAUGAUAUGGCUGCUACAGCCAAGCAUGAUUUAUGUCGAAAAUUUCCUGCGGAAUCCGUUUCUGGCGAAGAAGACAUCGCCGCAAUCGCCAAGCAGAUUAGUGAUCAUGCAGAGGCGAUUUAUCAGACAUGGAAAAGCCGUGGGUUAGCACCGACAGAGAUCUUAACUUGUCACAAUAAUACAAGUGCUGUUGAUCAAUUUGACAAUGCAUUGACACCUUAUAAUUCACCUGCUGCCGGGAAUGUGACUGGAAAGAAUAUUGGUGAUACGACUUCACCAUUGUUGUCUUUUGAACAUUCUUCCCCAACAGCAGUAGAUAUAUUAGUCCAAACACCGAAUCUGGAUAAUAGCAAUCUUGAAAAACUAGUCAAUAAUUUUGUAGUAGAAGAUAAAGCUAGAAUAGCUGCUUCCAAGCAAAGAUCACCAUCUAAAUCGUUAACGUCUACUAUACAAUUUGCCUUGCAGAAAUUUGAGAGAAAUUCUAUGCAACAACAACAAACAGCUGCUACUACAAAGAAUAACAUAACUACGGUUGAUAACACGAAGAAAUUGGCAAACGUUUUGUUGUAUCCUACCUCGUCAUUUCUCAAUAAACCAUCACAAAUAGUAAAACCUCAAGCCCCUACGAAAAUACCCAGCUCUCAUCAUUGCGAAGUCUUCCUGGAAACUAUUGAAACCACUUUUCCAAUCAAUUUAAUAUCUUCCAAUACAACGGUACAACAAAAGAGACCCGCUAGUACACUAAUCGCAUCAUCGUCCACUAAUCCUUCGUUAAAUAUGAAUUCAUAUUCAACAAAUUCGGGUUUGACAACUUGGCCAUUGAAAAAUAAAUUAAACGAUGCCCAAAAGAUUGCGAAUGUAUCUUGCUUGUUGCCCAAAACUCUCCAGCAAGAAGAUAUUACGAAAACAUUGUCAACGCAGAAUGAAAAGAGGUCGGUUGUAACGGGAAUGAACUCGCGAUGUGCGUAUCUUGACGAAGUCGCACGGGAGGAAGAAAGACUGAUAAAUGCUUUAAAAACAGGUGCUGUUAUCACCGAAGAACCGAAAAGGACAAUGGCAUGUUUGAAUAAUAAACAGAAACCUGCUAUUAAACAAGAAAAACCAAAGGUUGAACCAAUCAAACAAAUUAUUAUCGGAAGCCAUAAUUAUCAUAGAAAUAACUCGGCAGUACCUAAUUCUGUGGCAAAUAUAAUCAAUGUUGGUAAUGUUGUCACUGCUACUAUUACUAGUACUACUACUACUACUACUACUACUAUUACUACUACUACUACUACUACUACUACUACUACUACUACCACCACUGUACCCAUUGGUCAUAGCAAUCGUCAUUUAGUCAACGAAACAAAAUUGCUUAGCAAAGAUGAUCUAUCCGCUAUGUCGGCAGUUGACUAUGCUAAAGUCAGGUACCAGGCUGCUCAACAAAAUCCGCUUACUCAACAGCGACUCGAGGAGCAACGUGCUUCCAAUCAUACGCAUAAUAAUUCCACUACAGAACAAUUGGUUUCCAGUGCGAACGAAUUUGAAAUGGAAAUACGUAAGGAUAAGGACAUUAAGGAUUUGGACAAAGAUCCAAUAACAUCCAGAUGGGGAUCAAAAAUUACUUCUUCACGACCACGCCCGGAACAAAGUGUGCCUCAUCCAGAAUUGACUAAUCAACAAAAGCAACACAUAAGAACAGCAGCAGCGACAGGAACAAGUAAUAAUCCCGUCAGGCCAUUCCUCACUAGAGGCUCCGUAGCGGAACGUGUACUCAUUUUCGAGAAAUGUCCAAGCGAGUUGUUGUUAAACAAGCGCGGUCCACGGCAACCAGCCAUUAAUACGUGGAGAAGUGGUCAAGAAGUGCAGAAUAAAGCUCAGACUUAUUCGAGAGAAAAGACUCAACAAAAAAGUUUACCACCACAUACAACGUUACAAAGACAAGUGAAAGCCAAUAGGAAUGUUCAAAUACCAAGAUUUUAUUUUCCAGGAGGAAAGCCACUUCGUCUAUCACAAUUAGAGACAAUUGUCUCAAAUAUUACUACGGCUUUUCAAAGUUUACCGAGUUGUCAUGUUUCUCGUGCACAAUUUCAUAUUAUCACGAAGGCUUGCGACUUACCUUUAUAUUGGAAAGUACCACUUUUUCUGGCAGCAGGCGGUGAGCAAAAGGGAUAUGUCGAGAUGAAUGUCUUUCUAGAAUACUGGAAACAAUUAACAACUACUCAUCAUGAUACAGCUAGUAAAUUCAUCAAUAUUGUUACUCGGGGAGUUCGAAACAGUAUAUUACCGGAGGAUUUAAUCCCACUCGUACAGGACGUAGUAGAAACGCAUCCAGGAUUAACAUUUUUAAAAGAAGCCACAGAAUUUCAUUCCCGCUACGUACAUACGGUGAUUGCUAGGAUAUUUUAUUGCGUAAACCGAAGUUGGAGUGGCAAAAUUUCAAUUGCUGAAUUAAGAAGAAGCAAUCUAUUAGCGGUAAUCGCUGUGCUUGAACACGAGGAGGAUAUUAAUCAAGUUACAGCAUACUUCAGCUACGAACAUUUCUACGUAAUAUAUUGCAAAUUUUGGGAAUUGGAUCGCGAUCAUGAUCUCUUCAUAGAUAAAAUGGAUCUAACAAGACACAAUGAUCAUGCAUUAUCGACUCGAAUGAUAGAAAGGAUAUUUAGCGGUGCUGUGACGAGAGGUAGUAGAGCAAAAAGCAAUGUACAACAAGUAGAGGAUAAGAUGAGCUAUACGGAAUUUGUGUGGUUCCUUCUUAGCGAGGAAGACAAGAAUCAUCCAACUGCCAUUGAAUAUUGGUUUAGAUGUAUGGAUCUCGAUGGUGAUGGUUAUUUAUCGAUGUAUGAAUUGGAAUACUUCUAUGAAGAACAAUUACGUCGAAUGGAAUCGAUCGGCCUCGAAACAUUGCCUUUUGAAGAUUGUCUUUGUCAGAUGUUGGAUAUGAUUCGCCCGGCGAUACCAGGCAAAAUAUCGUUGAAUGACUUGAAAAAAUGUAAAAUGACAUCUAUCUUCUUUGAUACUUUCUUCAAUUUGGAAAAGUAUCUAGAUCAUGAACAAAAAGAUCCUUUUGCCUCAGCGAGAGACCAUGAUGCUGAUGGUCACGAACUCUCGGAUUGGGAUCGAUUUGCAGCAGAAGAAUAUGAAUUAUUGGUUGCUGAAGAAAAUGGCAAUGAUCAACAAGAGCAAAUGUCACACAAUAAUGUAUCAUGGAAAUUAUCACCAAAUAUGGACAUUUUAUUAAACGAAUCCAUGGAUGUGACCAAAGAUACAAAUUCAUUAAUAAACUCUUUGGAUAUUCAUGCACAACGAUCAAGACAUGAUGAUAUUGGCGAUACUGAUACUGACGAUUACGCUGACAGCGACAAUUAAUUUCUCAAUAAUAUUUCUAAUAGUUGGGAAUAGAAGAUACAAAUUAUUAUUGGAUAAUAGAUCUAAUUUCAUUCCAAUUAUUUCUUGCCACAAUCACGGAACAUAAUACAUUAUUUGCAUAUGAAACAGGUUUCAUACAACCGGAUUCUGUUCAGAAUACUAUUUCUAUCAAACAAUUAUUUUUCAUGAAAGAAUUGCCAUCAUCUUGACAAGAAGACAUCUUCCUCACAAAGAUUAAAUAAGUUUUGCAUAAGAUUCUUAAAAUAAUUCUGUGUUUGUAUGAGCAAAGAAAAUUUAUAUUUUAAGUGCUCAUACAAUAGACAUAUUUCUUGUAAACAAUUCUUCAGCUGAUAAUCAUUUUGCUAUCGGCGACAUAAUAAAAGAUCGUUAAUUCCAAGUUAGAUAUAUGUAAUAAUUGUAUGCAAUAUUCCGACUGUAUUACAGCGAUAUCAUGAUUAAAUCCGUCAUAUAAUAUCAGUCCACUUGCUUGCGUUUAAAAUAAAUGAUGAAAUAUGAUGCUUUGAAUGUGGAAAAUCGCUAGUACAAUAUUUGCUAAUAAUGGCACUGCCAUAAAAAUGCUAUAUUACAGGAAUGUCUAAAAGUUUGAUAAAUUACUCAUUCCAAUUUUUGCAGUGAUUGAGUAUUACUUAAAUGGUACUCAUAAAUAUUCAUAAGUACUCAAAAAUGUUCGCGGUAAUGAUAACGCGAGUGUUAAAUUAUUUCAAUUAAUCGGCAA